AUGGCAUCUGAUCCUUCAGAGCACAGACCUCCAGAAUCGAUAGAGGAUGAGGUAGAGAGUCACACACCCGCACCAACUCCUAGUAGGGAGCGAAGCAGCAGAGCAAAGUCAUCUCUAGGGUUUAAUAUCGCUAAUACUUUAUCCUACGAUUAUACGGCUUCAAUUGAGUGUUUGGCAAGUCCUCAAAAACCUCAAUAUAAUGGAGGAGUCAUUCAAAACCCAGAGCUUAAUGAAGGGUUGAAGGGAUGGUCUACGUUUGGAGAUGCUAAAAUAGAGCACAGAACAUUGGGAAACAACAAAUUCAUUGUAGCUAAUUCCAGAGUUCAUCCUCACGAUAGUGUCUCACAGAAUCUUAACCUGGAAAAGAACAAAAUCUACACUUUCUCUGCGUGGAUUCAAGUGAGUAAGGGAAGAAUUCCAGUAUCAGCUGUUUUCAAGACUCAAACAGGGCAAAUACUUGCUGGUUCUAUUUUUGCCGAGUCCAGUUGCUGGUCCAUGCUUAAAGGUGGCUUUACUGUUGAUGCUUCAGGCUCUGCUCAACUCUAUUUCGAGAGUAACAAUACAUCGGUUGACAUAUGGGUGGAUAGCAUCUCAUUGCAACCCUUCACCGAAAAGCAAUGGAUGUCUCAUCAAGAUCAAGCCAUUGAAAAGACCCGAAAGACUAAGGUAAGAAUCCAGGCAGUGGAUAGUCAAGGAAAACCCUUAUCUAAUGCUAAAAUCUCAAUAAAACUAAAGAAAGCAAGUUUCCCAUUUGGCUGUGCUAUAAACAAAAAUAUCCUCUACAACAACGCCUAUCAAAACUGGUUCACUUCCAGGUUCACAGUGACAGUAUUUGAGGAUGAAAUGAAGUGGUAUAGCACAGAACCCUCGCAGGGCAAAGUGGACUACUCAGUCCCUGACGCCAUGCUUCAGUUCGCCAAGAAGAACAAUGUACUAGUCCGAGGCCACAAUGUGUUCUGGGAUGAUCCCAAGUAUCAGCAAGGAUGGAUCAAUUCACUCUCUCCAACCGAUCUUUCCAAGGCCACCACUGAUAGGAUCAACUCUAUCAUGUCAAGGUACAGAGGGGAAGUCAUUGGCUGGGAUGUUGUUAAUGAAAACCUGCACUUCAAUUUCUUUGAGAGCAAAUUAGGGCAAAAUGCUUCUGCAGUUUUCUAUAACUUGGCUCAGAAGAUUGAUGGAACUUCGACGUUGUUCUUGAACGAAUACAAUACCAUUGAAAAUGCUAGAGAUGGUGAUUCUACACCGGCUAAGUACCUGCAAAAGCUGAGGGAUAUUAAGGCAUUUCCUGGUAAUGGAAAUUUGAAAUUAGGGAUUGGACUCGAAUCCCAUUUCAGUAGUGCUGCUCCAAACCUUGCUUAUAUGAGGGCUUCCAUUGAUACACUUGCUGCUACCAAUUUCCCCAUUUGGCUCACAGAAGUAGAUGUUCAAAGGGGCCCCUAUCAGGCACAAUACUUGGAGCAGAUUCUAAGGGAGGCACACAGUCACCCGAAAGUGGCAGGAAUUGUGAUCUGGUCAGCCUGGAAACCGCAGGGAUGUUACAGGAUGUGUCUGACAGAUAACAAUUUCAAGAACUUGCCCACUGGUAAUGUAGUUGACGAGCUGCUGGCUGGGCGGAUUGCUAUCAAGUCCUCGGCUGGCAGGACAGAUGGAAAUGGCUUCUUCGAGGCGUCCCUUUCCCAUGGACUUUACAGUGUGAAAAUUCAUCACCCAUCUGCAAAAAAUUCUUCUUUGGUUCAAAAGCUUAAUGUGGUCUCAAGCACUGGUGCAGAUAACCAAACAUUGCUUAUGCGAUUUGCCGCCUGAGUCUU